UUACGCAUUCUUCGGUUGGUUUUCCUGUCGCAUCAAAACAAACCGACUUGACAGCUGACGCUGACGUUCCCAUCAUUUGAAUCUAAAUUUGUUUAUUUGGCUUUUUGGUCCAGUUUUUAGCCUUAAAAUUAAUUUUGGCCGACUUAUCACGGUUAUGGACUCCUCAAGCGCUCUUUGAGGUUAUGUCCCCCAACCGUCGAAAUGUCCAUCAACGUGACUGUCUCCGGGAACCCUGUGCGUAUAAAUCGCGGCAAAAUGGUGACUUCUUACGACCCCGUGAAGGCCGAAUUCGACAAACGCCGUUUGAUGCGUCUUGAACAAGUCCGCCAGCAGUCCAAAGACAUUGCUGAGAAUGUGCGUAAUAAACUGAAGAAGGAGAAAAGCAAGCAAUUGUCGCAAAUUGAGAAAGACGGGGAGGUCAGGCUGAAAAACUGGCAAGCGCGGAAAUUGCUAGAAUUGCAAAAUCAGUAUCAAGAGGCGAUUGAGGAGAUCGGGUUGGGGCACAAGGAGGCGGCGAGGGUUGCCGCCGAAGAAGAGGCGUUUUUUGAAGACGAGGAGGUCAGGGAGAGGGUUGCAGAGGAGCGGGGGCGGGAAGCGGUUCAAAGGUUGCAAAUUGAGCGCAAUGAGGAGAGUUUGAAAAGGGCUGUGCCUGUUCAGAGGAAGAAAUUGACACGAGAUGAGGAAAAUAGUCGGUCAAAUGCUGUUGUAAAAAAAGUAAAACAAAAGCAAAGUCCCUUCAAGAAGAAAAAGACACAAGUUUUUGAUUCAGAUAGUGAGAAUCGGGUGCCGCUGCUGGAGGGGUUGGGGGGCGAUUCUGACUGGAAUUCUGAUCUGGGGGGCACGAGGAGGGUCACCGGUGCGCGGAAAGUGGCCACGGAGGUGCAAACAAGUCCCACAAUUUUUGAAAUUCCGACAAGUGAUAAAGCCGCACAAACGAAUAUUCACGAAAGUGCUUUUCCAAGCACAUCCGAAUUUCCUUACGACACUCGAAUUUCCGAACGAAUAAAACGCCGAGCGAUCCUUAAACCGGAAACGGAUUAUUGCAAUUUUGCCGAAAAGGAAGUUCCCCGAGUAAUUGGUUUGUGUCCGUGCUGUUUAUGUCACGGGAAACACCUCCAUGGUGUUGAACCGGUAACAAUUGACGAUCGACCUGACGUUCGGGCCACAUCGGCAAUUACCGUGAGAGAUGAGGGAAAAUCGGAAAAGGGCCAAGCGGAGACGCACCCUCAAAACCUGGACGAUGUAUCUGAGAGUACAGUCCCUCAAAAAACAAAUGCUACGAGCAAAGAGGAUUUAAGUUUGAGGCAAAGCAGGCGUGUGCCUCAAAGGCCGGAACAAGUGACUAAGCCUAAACCAGACAUUCCGACAAAACCGAAAGUCACAUUGAAAUCGACCAAAAAGCGGCCCGAGAAUGUGGCAAGUGGUUCAGGCCCUCAAAAAGUGCAAUUUUACGACCAUCCGAACCGUUACACAAAGUUCUACGUCCCGAAAACAUCACACGUAGAAAAAAUCGACGACGAAAAUAUUAUAAUUUCGCCGAAUGUCUUAAGCGAGGAAGAAAUGUACGAAAAGAUGCGCCAGCGAGACCGUGAGGCGCACCUCCGAGGCCAAGUGGCUUUGGAAAAAGAGCGAAUCCAAAGGGAGUAUCGCGACUUGAUGAAAAAACUCCCAGUUUUACAAAAACAAGAGCGCAUCGCGGAGAUCGGCCUCGAUAAAGAGAAGUACCACAUGUCAGGGGAUCGAUUAGAAGAGUUGGAAAAGAGGAGACAAAACAGACUUGAUAACGCCUAUGAGGAAUUACUAGUGAGUCAAAAGCCGGCUCUUGUGACACUUCCGCGAAAAAAUGACGAUCGGAGUGAAAAUCAUAGUUUAAAUCUAGCCUGGGAUGUCGAUUUCGAGCCCAAAAGUUCAACCAAUCACAACCGUACUGAACAACUGAGUCACUUAUUAACGACUCUGAAGUCGCAAAAAAGUCACUUACUCAAAGAAAUCGAAAAUACUCUAUCGAAAGAAAGCUCGAGUCAGUUCGACGAAGUCAAGUCGAAGUCGACCGAUUACCCCCGACGGAAACGAAGUCGGGACGACCGCCCGAUUUCCCCCACCACCAGCGAUGUGAUCCCUGAAGAGGAAACCACAACGGUCAAGACGAAACCGGGCCGCAAAAGCACCACUGGUGCCCCCAGUCCCCGCAAAAAGCGCAAAACUUCGCGAAAAGUCCUCGUGAAGCAAAACAGCAGCACCCAAACCAGCCCCAAGUCGGGCCGAAGUGUGGCCACCUCGCCCCAUGUGAACACCCCGGUUGAAGAUUCGUGCAAAUGCUCCAAGAAAGACAGUUCGGAGGAAGUCUGCGAGGUGGUGAUUAAAAUCAAAGACGGGGAAAAACCGGAAGUUGUAGUCCAGCCGCCUUUUUCGGAGAAGAGUGUUAAAGUGGUUACGGAAGUCGAGGAGGGAAAAGACGUUGAAAGGCCGGCGUCGUGGCGCGAGGAGUUGACCAGGACUGCGUCCAGUUCCAGCACUUCGUACUUAGAGCCCCCACAGUCGGGGCGCAGUGACUCAAUUUUGAAAAAAAUCGGGGAUAUGUCACGGACUAUGGAUAGUACGGUGUCAAGCGGAGCGAGUGGCAAACAGCUCGAUCCCCGACUUUUGGUUUACAUUAAAAAAUUGCUGAAUAUGUCGAGGGCUAGUAUUGACGAUUUGACGAUCAGUGCAAGUGACGUGUCCACACCCAGCCACAGUGUGGUCGAAACGCCGUCCAACAAUCCGCUUUUGAAACUCUUAAAUGUUAUGAAAUACUACAAUUUGGACGUUGCUGACUUGCAAAAGCAAUUGAGUUACGAGACUGACGACAGUGGUCGGCAUUACAACACUAGUGAGAGUAUUGCUGUAACGACAAGCACCUCCGAGGGUGACAAGUCAGUACAGUUUAAGUCGUGUACAGAGGUGGACACAAGUAGUAAAGUCGAAGGGAGGAAAAUACAGGACUAUGCCAAUAUGGCGGCAUCUUGUACGAAAAAAAUCUCAAGCUUGACGGCAAUGAUUGAAAAAUUGCGUGCCGAGAAGAAGAAAAUGAUGAGUUCGGGAAGUAGUGGCAGUGAUAAGGACUUAACCCUCACUUCAUAUUUGCAAUUACCGGACAAGAGCCCGAAACAAGACGAGAUUGACGCUAAACUGCUAGAUAUCGACUAUAACUAUGCCGAAAAAUUAAAACAGUUGAGUCGAGAGGAACUACAAGUUGAGAAACAGAAAGUCGAAGUGAGGGAACCCACAGAUCAGGAGCUUCUGACACGACUGAAAAGCCUGUUGCAGGAUAGUAAUAGCAAAAAUAAAGACAAACGUGCCGUAGAAAGCACCAAGAAAUUUUUGCAGAAAAUCGACGACACGUGUGUGACACUAAUCAACGAAAAAAAGUUAUUUGAAGACAAGCAAGAGGACAGGACUGUCGGUCAAGUGUCCGAAAAAACCUCAGUCAGUUUAAAAGACGACAAAACCCCUCAAUCAUUUCCCCUACUUUUGGACAUCCCAAAACUCCCCCGUCUCGAGGCACCGUCACUCGAGAAAAAGCGAAAAAAGCGCCCCCCGCCUACUAAAACCCUGCGCCCCAUUCCCGAGCCUGUCGUUCCGCACGAACUGUCGACGAUAAUCGAAGCCGAUAGUCAGCUGUCGGCCAAAGCCGAAAGCCCCGUCAAACCCAAGGGGAGACCCGGUUCUAGUGGUUCCAAGUCCGGUGACGUCCCUGAUAUUUUAACCGAGGUGGUCAAAGACAAGUCGUCGACUAAUUCGAGCGACUUGUCCGAAAUGGAGACAAUGGAGACCAUGUUGAUGAGUAUCGGAAUGGAGUGGGCGAUUCCCACGUUAAAGAAAACGCGCGAAGCGUUAGCGUUGACGUCAAGCUCCAGCGGGUCCAAGGAGAGUGGGGAAUUGAGUUUGAGGGAGUUUUUGAGUAAGAUUUCAAGCAGUUCGGAUGUAAUGUCGGCGAGUGACUCACAAGGGAUGUCGCUGAUUCAUGACGAUAAUAGGAUGACGUCGACGCCGAUUGCAGGGUACGGGGAGAAAAAAGACGGACAGCCGAUUUUUUUGACGGAUUCGGACCUUAGUUCGGUUAAGGAGAAUUCAGGAAGGGCCAAGGAUGUGGAACAAAGGUUUUUCGAAUUGCAGGAUCACUCGGGAAAGAAGGAAUGAAAUAGGAUGGGGGAUUAUCGUGGAUGUAAUUAUUUCUCUAUUUGUAAAUUUAGUUUUUUAAUAAAGGUGUUUUUAAAAUAAAAAUAAAA